AUGUGCAAGCCGCUGCUGCGCCGCUUCGACGACGUAUCAGAAAAGUGCCGCGACCUGGCCGCCAGCUGCGUGCUGAAGCUGCUGCGCAGCUGCCCAGAUGAGGCGCUUGGGCUGCUGCCCUAUGUUGUGCCCGUGUUGGAGGAGCGCCUGCGGCGCAAGCCCGCUGUCGUCGGCGGCGGCGCAGCGGGCCCCGCAGAGCCGAGUGAGGAGGUGCGGCUCACCCUGGCGCAGCUGUUUGGGUUCCUCGUUAGCCAGGUGGGCCAGGCGGUGUGUGCAUAUGCGGGGGAGGUGCUGGCGGUGCUGGAGGCGGCGCUGGGGGACGCGUACCAUGAAGUGAACUUGGAGGCGUGCUCAUGCGUGCACGCGCUUGUGGCGUCCCUGGGCAUGCGGCUGCAGCCUGUGUCCAAGCAGCUCGUUGCCGGGCUGCUACCGCUCACCACGCACAAGCGGUACCGCGUACGCGUCGCCGCACUGCGCGCGCUGGGGCCACUGAUGCACCAGGGCGCUCACGAGAUGAUCUUGGAGAUGGUGGGCCACAGGGACCCCAACAUGGUGCCAGUUGCCGCUUUCUAUGGGGAUCCUGACCUCAGAGUCAACUUCUGCGGCAAGCUGGCGGCCGACGCCAACGCGCAGGUGCGCCUGGAGUUCCUGCGGGUGGUGGGGGACUGGAUGCUGCGCCUCCCGGAGCGCGUCGACCACGAGGGCCGGCUGCUGCCCUUCCUGCUGGCGGGGAUGGUAGACGAGGGGCCGCAGGUAUCAUGUGAGGCGGCGCGCCUGCUGGACCAGCUGGGUGAGCAGUACGAGCAGGAGCACGAGGCGGAGGUGAAGGAGCUGCUGCGGUACUGCCCUGCAGAGGCAGCCGCUACUGAGGCAGCUGCUGAUGGUGGCAUCACCGCUGUCAACAGCUGCACAGGAUUGGGAGCGCUGGCGAGCGCCGGCGGUCCUGGAGCAGCGCAACAGGAGUGGCUCCCAACGGCGUUGGCGGCGGCGCCACCGCGGCUGGGGGCGCGGCUGUUGGUCCAGGGGAAUGCGGGGCGGCUGCUGGCGCCCAUGUGCGCAGAGCUGUCCAGCUGGCAGGCGGGGCCGCGGACCAGGUGUGUUGCUCUGCUGGAAGCGGUGCUGCUGCUGCUGGGGCGCAAGGCAGAGGGUCACCUGCAGCUCUUGGUGCCGGCCCUUACUAAGGCCAUCCGCGAGUCCACCACGCGGCAGCAGGUGGAGAGCUGCUGCGCCCUGCUCGGCCGCGCCUGCAGCGUCCCAGAGCUGCUGGCCCUCCUGCUGCCACGCGUCCGCGACGCCGGAGCGGACGCAUGCGCGCGCGCCGACGCGCUUCUGGCGCUGGCGCACGUGCUGCGCGGAUCAGGCGCCGGCGACGGGGGCAGCGCCGCUGAGGCAGCGCCCAUCGUGUUGGAGCUGCUGCUGGAUCCGGAAGUCGGAGAGUCCGACGACAAGCACCUGCGCGCCUCCUGCCUGGAAGCUGCGCGCCAGCUGAUCGCCGCAUGCCCGCCGGCCGUGCUUGCGGAGCACGCGCCGCAGCUGCUGGUGGUGGCGCUGCUGUCUCUGGCGUCUGACCGGGCCGGCUUGGUGCGGCAGGACGCCACCGCCGCUGCUGCAGCUGAGGCAGAAGUGGCGGCGAUGCAAGCAGAGGAGGCGGAGCAGCUGCUGCGCAUGCUGGCGGGCGCUGUCGGAGCGACGCGGGAAGGCGGCGGGGGAGGCAGCGGCGAUGGGUCUGUUGACAGGCUGCUGGCACAGCACAGGGAGAUGGUCUUGCGCCUGGUGAUCUCGUAA